AUGGCAGCAGCAUGCAAGAUCCCGGCACCUUUUCCGCCAGUCAUUGAACUUACUGAAAUUGAAAAGACUUUACGGCAUCUUUUGCUGGAUGUGGUGGAAUAUAUAAAGCAAAAACACUUGCACAAUGGACACCCGCCCAUGACAGAUGAUUUGGUCCUACGAUUCACGGGUGGGUGGGUUCGAGACAAGCUGCUCGGUGUUGAUAGUCAUGAUAUCGAUGUGGGCAUAAGUACCAUGACUGGCUACAAAUUUGGGGCGGAAUUGAAAGAGUACCUUGAUAUACCCGAGCACUUGGAAAAAUAUAGAAGUUUUCAUUCCGACGAUGCUCUCAAAAGCGUGAUUGGGGGCCUACAUAAAAUCGAGGCGAAUCCAGAGAAAUCAAAACAUUUAGAAACAGUUGCUACCAGGAUCUUCGGCUUGGAAGUUGACUUGGUAAAUCUUCGAAAAGAAACUUAUUCAGACCACAGUCGUCACCCCGACAUGGAGUUUGGGACGGCGCAAGAAGAUGCUCUUAGACGGGACGCCACGAUUAACGCUCUGUUUUACAACCUUCAUACGUCAUCGGUUGAAGACCUCACUGGCAGAGGUAUAUCAGAUAUGAUAUGUCAGAUAAUUCGCACCCCCCUGGAGCCAUAUCAGACUUUCAAGGAUGACCCGCUUCGUGUCUUAAGAUUGAUUCGCUUCUCUAGCAGACUUGGGUAUCGAAUUGACCAAGAUACCGAGGAAGCAAUGCAACAUGCUGAUAUUAAGGAAAGUCUGAGGUUAAAGAUAAGCCAAGAGAGAAUUGGGGCUGAAAUUGAGAAAAUGUUGAAAGGCAAGGUAUAUUGUCCUAGCCCCUUCGCGGCCUUAUGCAUUAUAGACCGUCUUCACCUAUAUGAUACCAUAUUUUCCAAUCAUCAGGAUGAUGUUACUGUGGAUGCCUCAUCCUGGGUGAAGGCGAAACGUGCCCUCAUGAUACUGUUAGAUAAUGAUUACAUGGGAAUCGGAAUUUCACAGGAAACUCGCACAAACAUACGCACUCUCUUACUUCGGGAUGGCGAGGAUAUAUAUCAUUCGUGGAUGUUAGCAGCUUUUUCACCUUGGGCAAUUAUUCCCCAGAAGGAAACGCCGCCUGAUAAAAAAGAUUUGCCACCGAGAGCAGCAAUGGUAGCUCGAGAUAGCUUGAGGACUGACAAUAAAACAUUUACUAUUCUAAAAGCCGCCGCUACCCAUUAUAAAAGGGUAACUGAUCUUAAAUCCUCAUUUUUGAAACAAGAUCUUGGUGAGACUUUGGCGGAUGUGCGUUGGCAGCUCGGGCGGACAAUACGUGAAAUAGGGGUAGACUGGCGGCUUUGCGUUAUUCAAGCUAUACUCCUAGAAGUCAUGCAAGGGGAAGAAGCAGCCAAUGUCUUCAAGGAGUACGAGCAAUUCCUACUAUACCUGAAGGCGCAAGAUCUUCUUGGUGUAGACGCUUUACGCCCCCUUGUCAAUGGCCGGCAACUUGCCUCUGCGUUCGGAGUACUUCCUGGUCCGUGGAUGUCUAAGGCAUUAGACAUGGUCAUUGAAUGGCAGCUUCGAAACCCAGAGAGGCGCGACGGCAAAGGUGCCAUAGAAGAGGUGGAACGGCGAAAAGAUUCUUUAGAACUGACCACAGCCCCGAAAAAGAAAAGGACGAAGCAGUGA